UGGUUCCUGGCCUUCUUAGCGUUUGUCAACAUGAUGAAGCUCCUCCGGCUGUUGAGGUUUAACCCGUUCCUCGCCAAGCUGAUGUCCGUGUUCCGCGGGAUGGCGGGGGAGUUCUCUUCCUUCUCUGUCUACUUGUUCCUCUGCAUGUCAGCUUUCUGCUUCUUUGGAUAUCUCAAGUUCGGCCUUAUUGUGACAGAGUACAGCUCCAUCAGCAAGUCCUUCUCCACAUUGUUCCAGAUGUCUCUGGGAAACUUCUACUACUACCAACUACGGGAGGCAGCCCCCAUCCUCGGCCCCAUCUACUUCUUCGCGUUCAUUUGCAUCAUCUUCCUGGUGCUGAUGAACAUCUCCAUGGCGAUCAUCGACAGCGCUCUUCCAGAUGUGCGCAACCACGACAUGCCUGAAGAGGACCGGUACUUCAUCCAGGGGUUGUGGGAACGCUUCACGGCCUUCUUCGGCUUCUGGAAAGCACCAGCCGCAGUAUGCAGGAAAAGGACCUCCCGGCAGAGCCUGAGUUUGUGCCGACUGUCAGAGAUGUUCCAGAUGCUGCAGCAGUGGAACGUGAUGCUCGCCACCGCAUCAUCAAGGUCCGCCCUGCCUCCUCAAACAACUGCGCAGACAGCGGCAGCAGUCAAGCUACCCGCUCCGACAGCAAGGCGCCAGUGGAGGUGGCCUCCAGGUCCCCGACAGGGGAGGAGGACACCCCAGAAAGCCAACAAACCAGCCAAGUCAGAAAAAUAAAGUCUGUCCUA